AUGCCGGACCCCAGACUCUAUGUGGCGUUCUAUCGUCCUUGGGAGGGUAAUUACACCAAUUGGGCCCUAUACAUUGAUGACGAGAAUGAGUCUAUCAUUUUCGAAGUUCUUGGACAACACCCAUACUUCAAACGCAAUGUGAGGUUCACUAGGCCUGAAUAUUCUGCGGAUUUUCUGGGCAAAGAGUACGUUGGAGUUAUCCGUCGUUCCGACAUCCCGUAUAUUUGGAACAUAGCAGCCUCGGUCUACGUAGACAACGAGACGGUGGAAUGGGAUUGCCAGGAUUAUGUCCUCGAUAUCCUUGACCGACUGGUAGAUGAGUUCAUUCUGAAUGAGUGGGAUGAAGAUUACCGUGAGGCCCGACACAUCCUGAAAUGGAAAAGAGGCCCAAUCAUCUGA